AAGAGUUGUAGAAGAGGAGAGGAUAACAGCACACCACCAACAUUCUAGUGAUCCACGACUGUCCUGAAUCUGUCUUUAAAGCUGACGCGAACUGGUCUGGACCGAUCUGCUUCUUAUAAAGAGACCUGGCACACGGGAAGACUGUUACACGCGUGAAGAAUGGAGAAGCACAAAGUGCUGGAGCAGCUGUUGGAGCAGCUUCAGAGGUUUCUAAAGAUUCUGGACGGAGAGAAGCUGAGUGGAAAUGCCACAGUACAAAAGGGCCUUCUGACAGAGCUGCUGCAAUCUUACAAGUCCUCCUCCGCAGGAGAUGAGGAAUACAUUUACAUGAACAAGGUCAUAGUCACAUGUCAAAGCCCAGACAAAACAGACAAAGACCACAGACUAGAUGAAGCCAAUGGAGAGCAGGGCAAACACAUUCCCAUAUCUGUGAAGAAUCCACCUGAGCCCCCUCCUCCUAGAUCAAGCAACAUCGGGAGGGAACCCUUUCCUCUUCCACCCACUCCUGCUCCAGCGUGUUUAGAAACCGAAGGCUACUAUGAAGAAGCUCAACCCUAUGACUCCACCAUCAAUGAAGAUAUAGAUGCAGUGAGCAGUUCAUACGAAUCGUACGAUGAGGAGGAAGCGACGAAGGGAAAGUCCACAGCGCAGCACCAGUGGCCAUCCACAGAGGCUUCCAUCGAGCUAAUGAAAGACGCCCGCAUCUGUGCCUUCUGGAGAAAGAAGUGGCUCGGCCAGUGGGCCAAACAGCUGUGCGUCAUUCGUGAACAUCGUCUCCUGUGCUACAAGAGCUCAAAGGAUCAGAUACCGCUGCUGGAUAUCAGUCUGCUGGGCUGCAGUGUCACCUACAAAGAGAAACAAACAAAGCGGAAAGAACACAAGUUAAAAAUCACACCGCUGAGUGGAGAAGCCAUCGUCCUGGGACUGCAAAGCAAAGAUCAGGCCGAACAGUGGCUUAAGGCGAUUCAGGAAAUCAGUCCUAAAAACACUGCGGGAUCUGAUGUGACUGACACCCCGACACUCAUCUGCACUAAGGGUGAACAUAGUGAGAGGUUCUCGGUGGCAUCGGAGAGCGGAAGCAGCACAGACAGUCACGCUGAGAACCUGGAGAACAAAGAUGUUAAGAAGAAAUAUGGCAAGUUAAGUAACUUCAUGAACAUCGGGAAAAAGAAGGUUUCCUCUUUGGAGAGCCCGGAUAAGGCACUGGAUACAUCAGGUUAUCUUCAUGUUCUGGUGAACCUGCAGUGGAAAAACCGAUGGUGCUCAAUACAGAACAGACAGCUUUGGAUCUACAAUGAUAAGUACAAGACCAAAGUAGCCCAGCAGCCGGUGCCUCUGGAGGGGUGCAUGGUGCUGCCGGACCCCAGCCCUGAGCAUCUCUACUCAUUCCGCAUCCAGAUGGACGGAGAAGAGCUCGCCACCCUUGAAUGCAAAUCUUCUGCCGAUAUGGGCCACUGGCUAGGGCUCAUACUUUCUCAGACAGGCACCAAAACAGACCCGGAAGACCUCACAUACGACUAUGUGAACUCCGAGAGGGUAUCCAGUAUUGUCAAUGCUGCCAGGACAUCCAUGUAUCUGAUGCAGAGGAGGUACUCCGAGCCCAAUACGUAUACAGACAGCCCUCCAUCAGACCCUCAAACCUGCGAUGACAUAUACGAUGACGUGGCAUCCAUAGAUAAUGAGCAAGAGGAGGUUCAAGAGGAUCAGGACAACUGCUAUGAGCUUACGUUAAACACAGAGCAGAACGAGAAGGACAGAAUAUAUCUGGAUCUGAUCCCGGUUCGUUCCUUCCUGCACACGAGCCCGGGCAGGGUGUCGCCCCAGACGGAGUCCAGCCCAUCGGCUGUUCAACAGGAGGAGCAUCCUCACCCUGCCAAUGAGAUUAUUUUUCAUGUAAAACAGCCUGAAGACAAAGACUCAUCGCCAAGCAGCACAAAGCAUCCUGAUCCCCCAUCGAAGUCUCCAAUAGAACUCCCAGAUGCCAUCACCCCAAGUCUGCACGUCCAGGUUCAGAAAAUCUGUCAUGAAGGCCUGAAAAAGACCUCAUCCUCCACACUGCCAUCCCAGCCCCAAACAUCUUCACACACGACCCAGUUUUCACCCAACCCCAGAAAAAGAGCAACCAGUGCAGACAGACUUCUAGACAAACUCAAAUUCUCUGCAGCGGCAGGCCCGGGAUCAGUGGAGGGGAAGUUAGGGAAGAACAGGACAGAGGCUGAUGUACGACUAUACACGGACGAGAGGGACCGACUGGAGCGAGAGAGGGAGGAUGUGAAAAACACUCUCGCUGCAUUGAGGAAGGACAGACGGGAGGUGAAAGAGGAACUGAACUCCUGCCAAGACUCCAACCGGCAAGCUUCUUUGGAGGCACGUCUGAAGCAAAUGGAGGAGACGUGUCGUGAGGCGGAGCACCGGCGGGUGGAGGUUGAGCUUCGACUGAUGGAAGUAAAGGAGAAUUUGAGAAAAGUGGAAGCUGGACCCUUUACAUUGGGCACCACUGUAGAUAGCAGUCUAAUGGAAACUCCAACACCUAAGACAGCACCUGUUUCCUCCCCUGCUCCGAAUAUCCCCAUCAACAACGGAGAUUCGCCUGUCAACUCUGCCACAGUGUUGAAGAACAGACCCAUGUCCGUCAAGGCGUCCAGCAAAGGAAAUGUUAUGCAGAAAGCCAAGGAAUGGGAGAAAAAAUCUACAACUUAGUGGAUGGGAAUAGAAAGACUAAAAGGACUUUUUAUCCAAAGCUCAAAGGACUGCUAAGGCAAAUGCUUGAGGGAAGGAGGAAGAGAGGGCGUGCCCAAUAACCUGCAGGCUCCGCCUCUCUGAAGCCACACCUCCCCUUAUAUCUGUUUCUCAGAGGCUGAGAUGGUACUGUGUGCUUGCAGGCAGCUGAUCCAACAAAUUUUUGUUGCUGACAAUCCCUGACUAUGUUACCCUGCCAGAUAAUGCCACUGGACAACUGUUUUUAUUGAAGUCACUUUUAUGUAAGAAACAGGAAGGGAUGUAUGGAAACAUUUUGUAUAAUACAUGGAUUUGAAAAUCACGACGUGUUUAAAUCACCAUGAAAACCUUAAAAUAACCCAUUUGGUACAUCUGAUACAUGUGGUACAUUCUAGCUUGGUUCAUGUAUGCUGGUAGCCAAGAUGUGAAUAUAUAUUACAUAUCUGUUCAGUGUUGUUGUAUCCUAGCUGAAACGUGCACUUUUUAUGCAAAUAAAAGUUUUUACUUACAAAAAUUGUGCAACUAGACAAACCUUAAAUCGUAAAAACAUAACUGCAGUUUCUCCAAUAGGUGGCACUAAAACAAAAUUACUGGUAAGGAGGAUUCACUAUAAAUUCAAGGUUUAUAACAAAAUAGUUUAACAGUAGGCUAAACCACUGAGAAUAAGAAAUAAAUAUGACAAUUGAGCCUCUUAAAGAAGCUGUAACACAAAGCUUUUCAAAAACAGAUCACAAACAGAUAGAAAACAUGUUCAGGAUCUCCAAUACUCCCUCAAACACAAUCCUCUGAUAUUCUCACAAACUGUUACCACACCCUUAAUGUUGUUUGCGUAUAUGUAUAAAAUAAUCAAUUUAAGGCACCAAAUAAUACAAUUUAUGCAAUAACAGAUACACUUUUUGUUUGGAGUGUUGUCUAGAGAGUUCACCACAGGUCAGUAUGUGCUUAAGAAAAGUAUGAGGGAAUGUCAUGAGAAGAUGAAGUAACGGUUGGUUUAGAGAACGAACACUGUUAGUGUUGGAACUUCCUUAGCUGCAGUAAUGUCUCCUGUUUGUCAAGCUAUUGCUAUUUUCAUGGAGAAGAUCUUGUUUUACUGAACUGUGGCUCUGUCUGGUUAU